UUUCUUUGCCCCUCCUUGUUCCUCCGGUCAUUAUCUCUCUCACUCCCUUUCUCUUUCUCUCUCUAGAGAGAAUAGAAUCUAACAAAAAUACAACAACAAGCCCCCCUUUCUUUCCUUCCGCUUUCAUUAUUAUUAUUAUUAGAGAACUUUAGGACAAAGAGCCCAUAACAGCUUUCGAAUUCGGAAAAAGAAACGAAAAUGGACGCAAUGGAGGUAUUUGGAAAAUCUGUGGUAGCUGUUGUGCCUACAAAUGUUAUUUAUCUGUCAAGUAUACUAGGCCAAGAUGGUCCAAACUCUGUUCACAAGUGCGAUUGGAAAUGCGAAAAUGAACAUGUUUGUGGCAAUAUGUUUCGCUGCAAACUAACCGGGCUUACACACAUUUGUGACAAAAAUUGUAACCAGAGAAUUCUUUAUGAUAACCAUAAUUCCCUUUGCAGAGUUACCCGUCAACUGUUUCCUUUAACCGAGACUGAAGUGCAGGCCGUGAAAGGUGUCCGAAGGAAGCUCGAAGAGGAGACCAGUUGUUCUUCAUCUCCUCCGGAGAGCUGCGCUUUUAAGCGCAGAAGGAGUGGACAAUUCCACCCCUCUCCGUUUGAGAGGUCGUUUACUGCUGUUUCUCCGAUCUGCAGUCAAGUCGGCGAUGGCAUGGAUCUUAACUAGGCGUAUUAACUUCUGAUGUCUUUCUGCAAUUUUCAUUUUAGCCGGACAACUUUAAAUUCUUAAACUUUAUGCGAGUACCUAAAUGGCAGACUUUAUGUCGUGCCUAUUUGUAGGAACAACUUAUAUUUGGAUCUAAUGUUGUAUUUAGUGCUUUAUAACUCGGCUUUAAGCAAGGAGUUUGACAUUAUUAUUAAGCGUUAAGUGAGCGUUAUGUGUUCUUCUGAUUUGAUAGGUUGAUGACUUUUUUUCCGUCUGUGUAUUGUUUCUAGUUAUGGUCUUGUGACAAGACAUCGCCCUAGAACAUUUGAUACCCCCUUAUGACUUUGGCCUAAUUUCUGCAACCCCAGUUUCAUCUUUAACAUGCUAACUACCAUUUGUCUCCUCUUUUGGUAGUUUUGAUUCACAGGAAUAGACCACUUCAGACCAGGGGAAAUUCGUUGACGAGUUUCUUUAUUUAUAUCUAGUGCGUUUUUUUUUGUGUGUGCAGGAAAUGUUCUUUUCUUCUGUUAUUAGUAUUCUCUUAUAUGUGUUUAUCUGUUCUAAUUUUCUUUCGUGUCAAGAUGUUAUUUUGCAGGAUCUGAAGGUGUUAUCGUUCAGGAGAGUUUUAAUUAGUCGAUAGCAAUAAUUAUCUGUUUAUGUUAUGAUACUUGUGAGAUAACUAUUCGAUUGGUUAGUGACUUUUUUCUUUCUAAUACAAUUGCAGAAGCUUUAUACAUAUUACUCUCUGUGGGAUGGAGCAGGCUCGAGUGAACAUGGUGGAACUGGCUCUCAUUAGCUUAACUGUAGAGGCUUUUGUGAAGUGAAUGGGGGCAGGGUGUCGAUAGAGAAGGCUCUUGUGAAGUGAAUAGGGGCAGGGUGUCGAUAGAGAAGGCUCUUGUGAAGUGAAUAGGGGCAGGGUGUCGAUGGAGUGGGCUCUCGUGAACUCAAUGAAGAGGACUCUCGAGAACUGAAUGGAGUGUCUCUUGCAAUUUCAAUGGAAGCAGACACCUGUGAAACCCAAGGAGGAUGUUUCUCCAUCUGUCAUCUGAUAAGAUGUUUCAACUAUCAGAUAAAAUGAAAAACUUUUGAUUUGGAACAUGUACGAAGUCCUCUAUGGACCACAUACUUGUCGCACGAGUGAGGUCAACUACAAUUACUCCAUAUGCGUAGAUGAAAACAUGCUCAUAUGUUAGCAGAAAGCAUCAUAGGAUACAUCAAAUGGGUUGUAUUGAAGGGGCACAAAAUUGAUAUUAUGAUCUUCGAGAAGGCUCUGUUGCGUUGCUACAACAUUCAAGCACGCAUCAUGUCUUUUCUUCUAAUUCUCACCGAAUUUAGAUCCAGUAUGUUUUGACGAUUUUGAUGUUUUUCCAGUCUUGGUAUAAGAAAUGAAGAUGUGAUUAUGGGCCCAAGUUAUCAAAAUUAAAGGUUUCAUUGCUUUUGGUUUGCUCCAGAUUUGCUGUACUGUUGGUGUAUCCAGUUUGUUACAAAUCGAUACACUUUCGUUUUCGUUCUGCAAAA